UCCUGACCCCUCCCCUCCAGCUGCAAACAGCAGUAAACAGCAGCAAACAGCAGCAAACAGCAGCAAACAGCAGCAGCCGCAGCAGCCGCAGCAGCCGCAGCAGCCGCAACAAAGUUACAAACUUGGAAGCCGGACUCUUCCCAGUGAUGGAGAAAACCUCUUUAAAUGAGACUUCUUUUGCCAUGAACAUGAAUUCUUCCAACAAGCAAGAGACGGUGUGUGUGUUUGGAACAGGAGACUUUGGAAGGUCCCUAGGCAAUAAGAUGUUCCAAUGUGGCUACUCUGUGGUCUUUGGAAGCCGAAACCCUGAGCUAUCCGGUUUGCACCCCAAAGGAAUCGAAGUCUUGAGCCACGCAGAAGCUGCCAAGAAGUCUGAUCUUAUCAUCAUAGCAAUCCACAGAGAACAUUAUGAUUUUCUUACACAGUUUGCGGAAGAACUCCAAGGAAAAAUAUUGGUGGAUAUCAGCAACAACCUUAAAAUUAAUCAAUAUCCCAAAUCCAAUGCAGAAUAUCUUGCUCAACUGGUGCCGGGAGCCAAAAUCGUGAAAGCAUUUAACACAAUCUCAGCCUGGGCUCUCCAAUCAGGUACCCUGGAUGCAAGCAGGCAGGUAUUUGUCUGUGGAGAUGACAAGGAAUCUAAGCAGAGGGUGAUGGAUAUUGGCCGUGCCCUUGGGCUUGCUCCAGUAGAUCAAGGAUCUCUCAUGGCAGCCAAAGAGAUUGAAAACUACCCCCUGCAACUCUUCCCAAUGUGGAAGUUCCCUCUGUAUCUCUCUGCUAUCUUAAGUAUUUUCUAUUUUGUUUACUGUGUGGUAAGAGAAAUCAUCUACCCCUAUGUUCAUGAAGGGAGAGACAGCACAUUUUUCUUGGCCAUUUCUAUUCCAAAUCGUAUCUUCCCAGGGUUGGCUCUCAAUCUUCUUGCCCUGGUUUACCUCCCUGGAAUCAUUGCUGCCAUCCUGCAGUUGUACCGAGGCACCAAAUAUAGCCGCUUCCCAAACUGGCUUGACCACUGGAUGCUUUGCAGAAAACAACUCGGACUUGUGGCACUGGCUUUUGCCUUCCUCCAUGUUAUGUACACGCUUGUGAUACCCAUCCGCCAUUAUGUGAGAUGGAAGUUUAACAGCAGAGUGAUUGAACAGAUAAAAACCAAUAAGACUGAACAUUUUAACCCGACUUCUUUCUGGCUCAGAGAUUCUUACCUAGCCCUGGGCAUACUGGGAUUUUUUUUAUUUGUUCUUUUGGGAAUCACUUCCUUGCCAUCAGUUAGCAACAUGGUGAAUUGGAGAGAGUUUCGAUUUGUCCAGUCCAAACUCGGUUACCUGACACUGAUCUUGUGUACAGCACACACCCUCGUGUUUGGUGGGAAGAGAUUCCUCAGCCCUUCGAUUCUCAGAUGGUAUCUCCCUUCAGUCUACGUGCUAACUCUCAUCAUCCCCUGUACAGUCUUGGUCCUGAAGUUCAUCCUGGUAAUGCCAUGCUUUGAUCAGCCACUUACAAAGAUACGGCAAGGCUGGGAAAGAAACUCCAAGAAGGCCCAGUUCGGAAAUGGCAACACUGAGGUGUGACGCAGCUACUAAGCAGUUCAUCAGGUCAUUUUCUGUGGGACUUCCAAGCAAUGGACUUUACCGUAGAGUAUGUUUUUCUUCCCUAAGCCUUUCUCCUCUUCUUCUCUCCAGAGUAUAAAGAGCAGGCAGGGCUGAGGACAUUUGCUAGGUGGGCCCUAAGAAACCACCAGACAUUUGGAAGAAGAAAUCCACUCUUUCUUGACUUGAUCUUUGAUGCCAGGAUAUACAAGAAUUUUGAUGUCUGUCUGUCUCUCAUGAAAUUUCAGUGUCACAGAGCCACCCUACUUACCUCAAAGGUUCUACGAUUUCACUGGGGAAAUGGGGAAAUCUCUUAAGCCAUAUUACGACCUCUACUCUCUCCAUCCCACCCACCCCCAAUACCUUGACAGUGUUCCUAAGUUGCUACAGAAAAAAAAAAAACCCAACACCUAAUAACCAGACUCUGACAUUGAUUAUCUCUAAUCUUAUCCAAGCUAGCCCUCAUACAAUGCACUCAUUGUCCAUGACCAAGUGCCUACUAACUUGAUAGAACCUGCCAAAAAGUGUGCCCUGCUGGUUUAGCUUUUUAGAACCUAAUAUGACUUGAGUGUUAGGGAACAUUGAAGAAAACCCUUCAUGGAAGACAGAUUCCUUAGUGUAUGUGUUAUUUCAUAGGGAGAAACAAUCUAUUGAGAUGGAAGGGGCUGGAAGAAGAAAAUCCCCACCUUCCUUCCCCUACCUCGAAAAGCUAGAGAUGGAGUCAGAUAAACAACACUGUAUUGUUUUAUCAUGAAUCACAUUGCACUCAUUGCUUCAGUUUGUUUCCUUAUUUGCAUGUGUCCAAAUGUUCCUUAGGGCUGACAACAUGUCAUAUUAUCUUGUGACACAAUCCACAUAAUCCACAGUGAUGUGAGUUCCUAUAACUCAUCAGACUUUUCUUUGUUGUAAACAAUGAAAGGUAAUAAGAAAAUUAAACACUGGUGGCUUAACUGGAGAUUGGUUGGAGGAGUGGUAGGUGCUUAAGCCUACAAAAGAGAAGAUGGGUGGGACAUAAUAGCUACCUCCAAGUAUCUGAAGAGCUAUAUGUUCUUGUCUCCAGAAGGCAGAGGAAAAAAACUAAGCACCAUGUAGGGGUGUAAUGGUUUUUAAAAAAAAAGUUUUAACAACCAGCUUGAAGGGGUCAAGGGGAAGCACUUUAAAGUGUAUUCUGUAUUAACCUUUUUUCAUCAUUUUCUUAAGUCUGGAAUAAUCAACAAAACAAUAAAUCGAAGUAUGAUUUGUAGCAUUUUGCCAAUUUCUGAAGCAUAUAAGCACCGAUACUGAACAUUUAACCAUCAGCUAGUCAGUUAGAGCCUGAGCCUGCAUAUUGCUGGAAUGACGGGUAGAAACUGCAAAUGGGCAAAUUGUUUUUUGUUGGCAGGUGAAACUUCCUAAUAGUGAGAGCUGUGAGUCCUCUUCUACUUAAAGGUCAUCAUGUAUGUGCCAGAUAACCACUUGUUUAGUAGACUGUGCUCGAUUCCCCACUGUACCUACUAUGUGCACAUAGUAGGAGCUUUUAAUAGAUGCUUGUUGAUUGACUAUGGAGGGGAUUUUUUUUCAAGUGUGGUUUGGAUUAGGUGGCUACCAAGCUCCCUUCCAACCCUAAAGUGCUGAGGUUCUGUGACUCAUGGAUGAUUAAGAAUUAUGAGGGGUAGUUAGAUGGCGCAGUGGAUAAGCACCAGCCCUGGAUUCAGGAGUACCUGAGUUCAAAUCCGGCCUCAGACACUUACUAGCUGUGUGACCCUGGGCAAGUCACUUAACCCCAAUUGCCUCACCAAAAAAAAUUAAAUUAAAUUAAAAAAAAAAAAAAGAAUUAUGAAAAGUUCCAAAGCAGCUGGAUAUGGUAGUGUUGAAGAAGAAACAAGACAUGGUAGAAACUCACUGGAGAAAGAAACAGAAAAAAAGAUUAAAAACAAAAAAAGAAAGGAAAGAAUGAUAACAUUAUAAAAUACAGAGGGGAAAAAAAAAUACGUUUGAAAGCAGACAUGAACAGGAUGAUUGUGUAUCCACCAUCAUGGAUUUAAUAUACGUUUUUUAAAAGGUUAAACUGUAUGUAACAAAUUUACUACUUCAUCUUUUUGUAUAUUAAAAUGUUUUUGUUUGAUUUGGUUUAUUAUAACAAACAAAAUUUUUAAAA